AUGGAUUCUAUCCUUGAUUUCACAAAAGAUUUAGAUAUCCAACUUUUGGAUAAGGUUGUGGAAACUUUUUAUGCAGGUUCAGGUCCUGACCAAAAGGUCGCACAAGAUGUUAUAACUAAAUUUCAAGAACAUCCAGAUGCAUGGCAAAAAGCCGAUCAAAUAUUACAGUUUAGUUCAAACUCCCAAACCAAAUACAUUGGUCUUUCAAUCUUGGACAAGUUGAUUCAAACUAAAUGGAAAAUGUUACCAGAUGAACAAAGAAAAGGUAUUAGAAACUUUAUAGUGAAUAUGAUUAUUGCGUUAUGUGAUGACGAUGAUCAAUUCCAAAGUCAAAGAUCUUUGAUCAACAAGUGUGAUUUAACAUUAGUUCAAAUCUUAAAACAAGAAUGGCCAGAAAAUUGGCCAACUUUCAUUCCUGAAAUUGUUCAAUCCUCAAGAGCUGGUUUCAAUGUUUGUGAAAACAAUAUGGUUAUCUUGAAACUAUUAUCUGAAGAAGUUUUCGAUUAUUCUGCUGAACAAAUGACACAAGCUAAAAUAAAGAACUUGAAAACAAGAAUGGGUGAAGAAUUUUCUGAAAUUUUCAAAUUAUGUUAUGAAGUUUUAGAUAAGGCAACUAGACCAUCAUUGAUUGUCACAACAUUGAAAGCAUUGUUGAAAUACUUACAAUGGGUUCCAUUAGGUUACAUCUUUGAAACUGAUUUGUUAGGUCUACUAACCAACAAAUUUUUGGGUCCUGCUGAUACAAGAGCAAUCACUUUAAAAUGUUUGACUGAAGUUGCAUCAUUAACUUCCCCAAAUUAUGAUGCUAAAUUCGUUGAAAUGUUCAAGAAUUCCAUCUCUCAAAUUGCUAACGUGGUUCCACCGGGUUCUGACCUAAGAAGAUCUUAUCAAGUCGCAAAUUCAAAUGAUCAAGCAUUUUUACAAGAUCUUGCAAUGUUCAUCUGUACCUUUUUAGCCAAUCAUGUUUUAGCCCUAGAAGCCAAUGAAGCUGAUAGAGAAUUAUUAACAACUGCUCAUGAAUAUUUGAUUCAAUUAUCAAAGAUUGACGAAAGAGAGCUUUUCAAAACUUGUUUGGAUUAUUGGGGUAAAUUGGUCAGUUCAUUGUUUGCAGAAAUUCAACAAUUACCAGCAAAUGAAUUAUCACCAUUGAUGCAAUUGGGAUAUAGUCAAGCUUUAUCUUCAAGUAGUGCAGGUGGUGCUCCAAACCCAGAAUUAUUGAACAAAUAUCCAUUGAGAAAACAUAUCUAUAACAAUAUUCUAUCUAAUCUAAGAUUGGUCAUUAUCGAAUCAAUGGCCAAACCUGAAGAAGUCUUGGUUGUUCAAAAUGAUGAAGGUGAAAUUGUUCGUGAAUUUGUUAAAGAAAGUGACACCAUCACCUUGUAUAAAACAAUGAGAGAAGUUUUGGUUUAUUUGACUCAUUUGGAUGUUGUCGAUACUGAACAAAUUAUGAAUGAGAAACUAGCUAAACAAAUUGAUGGUUCUGAAUGGUCAUGGCACAACAUUAACACUUUAUGUUGGGCUAUUGGUUCUAUUUCAGGUACAAUGAAUGAAGAAAUGGAAAAGAGAUUCUUGGUUUCUGUUAUUAAGGACUUACUAGCUUUAACUGAAAUGAAACGUGGUAAAGAUAAUAAGGCCGUUGUUGCUUCAAACAUUAUGUAUAUCGUUGGUCAAUAUCCAAGGUUCUUAAAAGCUCAUUGGAAAUUUUUAAAGACUGUGAUCAACAAAUUGUUUGAAUUCAUGCAUGAAACUCAUGAAGGUGUCCAGGAUAUGGCUUGUGAUACUUUUAUCAAAAUCACUUUGAAAUGUCGUCGUCAUUUUGUCGUUCAACAACAAUAUGAAACAGAACCUUUUAUUGACGAGAUUAUUAGAAACAUUCAAAGUAUUACUGAAGAUCUACAACCUCAACAAGUUCAUACUUUCUAUGAAGCCUGUGGUUAUAUCAUUGGCGCUCAAACUUCUGUUCCUGUUAGAGACCGUUUACUGGGUGAUUUGAUGCAUUUACCAAACUUGGCUUGGACUACUAUUGUUGAAAAAGCUGGUCAAGAUCCUACAUUAUUGACAAAUCCAGAAACUGUCAAGAUUAUUGCUAAUAUUAUCAAGACAAAUGUUGCAGUUUGCUCUUCAUUGGGUCCAGGUUUUUAUGCACAACUGGGAUUAAUUUAUGAAAAUAUGUUGUCAUUAUAUAAAGCUGUUUCUUCAAUGAUUUCAGACUCAGUUGCAGCAGAUGGCUUAAUUGCUACAAAGACUCCAAAAGUUAGAGGUUUACGUACUAUCAAAAAGGAAAUCUUACACUUGAUUGAAGCUUACAUUUCUAAAGGUGAAAACUUGGAACAAAUUGUUGGUACUUUAGUUGAACCAUUAUUAGCUAUCAUUCUAGAAGAUUAUAAAUCAAAUGUUCCUGAUGCUCGUGAUGCUGAAGUUUUGAACUGUUUGACUACUGUUGUUUCAAAAGUUGGUCACAUGAUUCCAGAAGGUGUUGUCUUAAUCUUGCAAAACGUUUUCGAGCCAACUUUGGGUAUGAUAACCAAUGAUUUUACCGAAUAUCCAGAACAUAGAGUUGAAUUUUAUAAAUUGUUGAGAGAAAUUGAUUUGAAAGCUUUCAAUGCCUUAUUACAAUUAUCUGGUGAUGCAUUCCAAUUAUUAAUUAAUGCUAUUUUAUGGGCUUUCAAACAUAACAAUAGAGAAGUUGAAAGUAGUGGAUUGAGUUUAGCUAUUGAAUUAUUGAAGAAUGUUGAAAAAUUAGGCACCACUCCAUUCACUACAGCAUUUUACCAAAAUUUCUAUUUCCCAAUUUUGGCAGAUACUUUCUAUGUUAUUACUGAUUCUGAUCAUAAAGCUGGUUUCAAAUCUCAAUCACAAUUGUUAUCUAAAUUGAUUGAAUUGGUUGAAGGUGGUCACAUCAAAGAACCGCUAUAUUCAGAAAGUCAAGCACCAGCAGGCACUUCAAAUGCUGUAUUCUUACAUGAAUACUUGGCCAAUAUGUUGAUUUCUGCAUUCCCUCAAUUGCAACAGGAUCAAGUUGAAAACUUCAUCAAGGCUUUGAUUGCUCAACAUCGUGAUCAAGUUAAAUUCAAAGGUACUUUACGUGAUUUCUUGGUUCAAAUCAAGCAAUAUGGUGGUGAUGCAACUGAUUACUUAUUUGCUGAAGAUCGUGAAUAUGAACUUGCUGAAAAACAACGUUUGGAAAGAGAAAAGGCAUCUAAGGUUGGUGGUUUAUUGAAACCAUCUGAAUUGGAUGAUGAAUAA